GAGUGUACACGCUAAAUUUGGUUUCCACUGAAAAUUGUAUUCAAUCGUUAAUCGUAUUUAAAUUGGAACUAUAUGGUUAUAGUGAAAGAUCGAUAAAUUUUGCUUAAUAAAAAUCGAAUUAAGUUUACCAUAGUGUUUUGUUGAUUCAAUGGCAUGAAUGCCAAUUUGUAUUGAUUAAGUCGACGCAAGAAAAUUUCGUUUUGAAACAAAACUAGACCGGCGACGAGAUCGAAUUUAAGUGAUUUUUUUGAAACGAUUAAGAGAAGUCAGUCAAUGACAUUAAUAUGCAUGACAUACGGAUGUGUUUGAGUUAAAAAAAAUAUGACGAUCUGAAAAAGGAACAAAAACACAUUUUAAGAGGAUUCAAAGCCAUCUCGAAUGUGAGUGAGUGCAUGAGUAAAGAGAGAUUCGGCAAAUGAAUGAUAUCAUACUAGAGUGUAUACGCAUUAAGAACAAAUUGACUCUACGCGUCGUCUUCGUUGAUUGUUUUUUUGGCUGCUCGUCUCUUAAGUGGAAAAGUAUAUGUUUUCGCGCAUCGAACAAAACCCGACAUUCAUUCAGUUGCAAGUGAUUAUUUUGCGUGCGGGUUUUUGCUUCUUUUCACAAGAAAAAUAAGAACGAUUUCAGUUUUUUGCCGUGAAAUCCAAAUUGAGGUGCAUGUAUGUAUUUAACAGCGAAAAAAACUAACUACACUACACGCACUCCCCAGCGAUUCGAAAUUACUACGGACUGUAGCGUACAUUGAGAGAAAUAAAUUUGAACCCGACGAACAUUUUUUUCGUCUCGAAUAUAAAUCGAAAUCGUGCAAUGGAAAAGAAGAAUGCAAUGGUGUAAUGAACAAGUGGAGUUUUUAUGAAUUCGCGCAACACAUCAGUAGUAAGAAUAUAAGCAAUGGAUUACUUUUUAACGAUUCUAUGGAUUUGCUCAAUUACUUCGGUGGGAUCGGCUAAAGUUUCGUUUUUUGGAGACAGUCAUGUGGUGAUGCCAUUGCAAGAGGCAAAAUUAUCUACAAAUUUACGCCUUCGUUUUCGAACACGUCAAGACAAUGGCCUUUUAUUCUUGGCUGCCGGUCGAACUGAUUACUGUUUACUUAGCAUCGACGAUGGCCGAAUCAAGCUGCAGUUUAAAAUCAACGAACAUUUUACAGAGGUAUGGUCACCAUUAAAAGUGAACGAUUUGCAAUGGCACGAUAUCUCCUUUCAGCGAUACGAUACGAACGUAACGAUCCAAAUCGAUGAGCCAAUUAUAAGAAAAAUGUUGCCGCCACAGACUGGUGAAUUGAAUGUGCAUUUCGGUGUAUUUUUCGGCGGUUUGGGUGACUACAGUGAAGCCUAUUUAAAUUCAGUGGAUAACUUUCGAGGAUGCAUGUCAGAUGUAUUUUAUAACAACAUAAAUGUGUUCAAACGGGCCAGAGAGCGAACAUCGCAUGUGUCGAGCGUACAUGUUUUGUGGACUUGUAGUUCGGAAUUUGACGCUGAUCAGCAUCAAGGGAUUAGUUUCGUACGUGACGAUUCAUUUGUCAUGAUUGCUAAGCCAGCCGUUCAUACCGGCGAAAGUUGGAAUAUGGAAUUGAAAACAAUAGAGACGGUUGGCAUGGUUCUGUAUAAUAGUGCCGCCGAUUUCAUUGCACUGGAAAUUGUAAAUUCGAGAAUACGAUUUUUAGUGGGCAAAGGAUCAAAUGCAGUGGAAUUGGUAUCCGAACGAAAUAUCACCGAUGGAAAGUGGCACAAUGUUUCCAUUUCAUAUAGCCCAUUUCUAGUUGAGUUGGUCGUCGACGAAACAGUACACAGUGCCACAUUUGCAAGCAAAAGCAGCAAUAUAUUGGAGAUUGGUGAAGAAUACUUUGUCGGCGGCUUAAGCAGUUUUCGGCAGAGAAAAGCAACGCAAAGAGGACUCAAGGUACAAAGUUUCAGCGGUUGCAUUCAAAACUUGAUGGUCGAUAAGCACGCCGUUGGAUUUCCGCACAUGAAAGUGACUCAUGCCGUUGAAGUAGGUUGUGUCUGGGCAUACCCAUGCUUAGAAAAAGAUCCAUGCAUUUCAAGUGGUACAUGCCAACAGCAUGAACAUGAUGACUUCAUUUGCUAUUGUGAGCAGGCAUAUUGUAUAAAAGCUGAUUUUAAUGAUCAUUACAAGCUGUUCACGCGCAUCGAAGAAAGAGAAUUGUUAUCAGUGAACCCAUUGCAGUUACUCGAAGGCGAUAGCAUUUUUUUAUCGACAUCAGCGAUCGAUGUUUUAAUCGAUUACACCAAACUUGGUAUAAUGGAAGCUGGAAUCGUAUUUAACAUUGUUUCGCCGCCAAAACAUGGUAAAAUAAUGAUCGCAUCUGAGGGUGGCGGCAAUAAUACGGUAUCAGGCAAAGUUUUUUCGUUGAUCGAAUUGAGUACGGACAAAGUGAAAUACAUGCACAACGGAGACGAACAGUCAAACGACCACAUGACCAUCGAUUUACAAUUUAUAUCAUCAAAUCGUGAAGUUAUCCCUGAAGCACUUUUUGGAAAACAUCGAUUCGUUUUACAUGCCAACAUAACACCGGUUAAUGAUGCCCCAGUGCUUCGCAUGAACUCAAAUAAAGUGUUGAGAUUGACACAGGGCAUUCCGAAAAUUAUAACACCGGAAUUGUUAACAGCAGACGAUCCGGAUAGUCCACCGAGUUCAUUGCUGUACUCAAUCGUAACGCCAAUCGAACCCGAUUCACCUGCACACAAUGGGGUGAUUGAAGUUUCGGGCAAAAAGUCAAACACCUUCACUCAAGAAGAUAUUAAUCAAGGUGUUGUCACUUAUUUGGUGAAUAGUCAAACGGCCGAUGACAAAUCAUUCGAUUUGACCAUACAAGUUUCGGAUGGAAUGGAAACUAGCGAAAAAGCAUAUUUGCCGAUUUCAAUACUUCCACUGCAAUUGCGCAUGAUUAACAAUACUGGAAUGGUCUUGGUUCAUAAAUCCGUUGCGUUUAUUACACCAUGCAAUCUUUCAUUUGUUUCGAAUUCAGACGAUGACAACAUUGAUGUUAAAUAUACAAUAGUGAAGCAACCUCAAUUUGGUAACAUUCAAAGACUUCGAGCGGUUGAUUCGUCUUGGAUAAAUGUCGAUUUUUUCACAAGCAAUCAAAUACAGUUGGGUCAAGUUCGAUACAUUCAUAACACGGAUUUCCCAGUUCAUGAUGAUUUUAAGUUCACCGUAUCGUUUGGUCCGAUAAAGAGCAACAAAUACGAUUUUCGUUUGACAUUCACCAAACUAAAAAUCGGCAUCCAAAUUCAAAACUCGCUGCAAAUUAACGGAACCAAAGAAAAAACGAUCACCAAUUCGAAUCUUUUCCAUCAAACAACACCAUUACAAACAUUUCCCCGAAAUAUAAUCUACACCGUAAUCACACCGCCGCGAUAUGGCUUAAUCUAUGUGAAUGGUUACCCGGAGUAUGCAAAAGAAGGUGAUUCGUUUACGCAACAAGACAUUGACAAGCAUUUGAUUCGAUAUCGAACGUAUCAAACGUGUUACUCGAGUUUUAUUGAUGUCUUUGAGUUUGUUAUAUCAGUUCCCGAAUGCGAUGACGUAUUUGGUAGCAUUAAAAUAGUUUAUAAUCCACCGGAGGAACUAUCAAAAAUGCUAUCUUAUCAAACUCGUGAGUUGAUUCAUGUUAAAGAAGGUGAUCGAGCCCAAUUGAAUCGAAAACAAUUCGAAGUAUUGUUCAACAAAUUCAAUUUUCUAAUGUUAAAGUUAUCAGUUCCACCACGAAAUGGUGUAUUAUGCAAUGUGAAUAGUGAAACCAUGAAGGUAUCACAAAUCGAUUCAUUUUCAUUGGACAAAUUGUAUUUGGGCGAUAUUUAUUAUUGUCACGACGAUUCGGAAACGACAACCGAUUCAAUGUACUUUUUGGUAAUGUCCGAUUUGAACAAAGAUUUUCAAUAUGUUUGUGAGAUUCUGGUCGAUAUAACACUGGUCAAUGACAAUGCACCGUAUAGACUGGACGAUAAAGUUUUUCAUGUAGUUCGAAAUAAGAAUAAAAUCGUAAGUCCCGUCGAUCUUCGUUUUAUCGAUCCCGAUAUCAAUACGAAUGCUAUCGACAUUAUUUAUACGAAAAUCAAUUCGUCGACCGUUGAAUUUUGUAAUGCUGGCUCUGGUCGAUCUUUAAGCGAAUUCACACAAGAGGAUAUUGAUCAGGGCAGAAUUCUACUGAAACAUUUGGACAACACGGAAGUGAAUCAAGUUUCGUUUGUUGUGACUGACGGACAGUUUCAAGUGCCAAGUAAAUUUGAUGUCAUUGCUGCCGAUCCAUUCAUAAAUAUUACGGAGAAAAAUGCAACCGUUGUACAAGAAAGCAAGUAUAUUUUAAUCAAAAUGAGCGAUUUGGCGAUUGAAACGAAUCUGAAUAUUAUUCCGGAUGAAGUCGAGUAUACGGUGCUUGAGGGACCAAAUUAUGGCGUUUUGAAAAUUUUACGACGGAAAUUCAAUGGAACUAUUAUGGCUAGAUCCAAUAAUAACAUAACUUCGGUGAAAAAUUUCACACAAACCGAUGUCAUGAGAGAACGGCUCGUUUAUUGGAAUUCGGACGUAGCGUCGAUGGAUAAAAUCAAGUAUCGAGUGACAGCCAAAGGAAUCUCAGCGGAGGGAGAGAUAAUGAUUCGAAUUUAUCCGCCAGCUUAUUGGGAUCUACUUCAAAUUCGACGAAACAAAACUCUGUAUGUGGAAGAGUCCACCAGUGUCAUGAUUUCACGCGAUAUUUUAGAGAUCGUGCAUCCAAAUAUUUCGCCUGGCGACAUAACCUAUUUGGUAACGUCAUCGCCGCAGCAUGGCUAUUUGGAAAUUCAAUCGAUAACCUCUGAUGAUGAAUACAAUUGCAAAGUAUUCGAUCAGUCGACAAUCAAUUCGGAGAAAAUGUUUUAUAUUCAAGCUGGUGUGAAUCAAUCAGUCGAUCACUUCAUAUUUGAUGUGACGAAUGGCAUAACUUGGCUGCGAGGGCUAAUGCUAAAAAUCGUCAUUAUACCAGAGAAUUUGUACAUUCAAACUCAAAACGUUUCGGUUGAAGAAGGAAAAUCAUUGAAACUAGAGCCAAUGGAUAUGGUUCCAUAUUCGGAUUACUAUCGCGGAAAGAUCCUUGAGUAUCGAAUUUUACAGCAGCCAUCAUUUGGUGAUGUAAAAUCGGAAACGUCGAAAGUCAAUCGUUUCACACAUAAGCAGUUGGAAAGUGGUACAAUUUACUACAUCCAUGACGGAAGUGAAAAUUCAACAGAUGUCAUUCGCUUGGUGGCUGUUUCACGCAACAAGGAGAGUGUGCCAUUUGAUUUCUACAUUACGAUCAUUCAAGUAAACGAUGAAAAGCCACAAGUCGUAACAAAUACAGGUCUACAGAUGUGGGUUGGCGGAAGGUCGCCCAUCAAAACUACGGACUUAAUGGCACAAGACUACGAUACACCAUCCGACCACAUCAGGUUUUUGUUGGUAAAUGUAGUUGGUGGUGUUGUUGUUCAUCAAGAUGACGUCUUUAGCAUGCCAUUGACAAAUUUUACGCAAUAUGAAAUCAACGAGAAUCUCGUAUUUUUCCAUCAUACAUCGAACAAGCUGAAUGGUCAAAUCGACUUUUAUGUAACCGACGGCGAUCACAGUAGCCCAGAGCAAACAUUGUUCAUCACAACGAAUCCGGUGAAUUUGGAGCAAAUCCACAAUGAAAUAUUGCACGUAUUUCCAUUGACACGAAAGCAAAUAAUGCCAGAGCAAUUGAAAUUCAAAUGUUCCGAUGAACUUCGCGAUGUCAUUUAUGAGAUAACAAUAAAUCCACAAUUUGGUCGAAUCGUUUAUGAUCACACAGACAAUCGAAGUUCACAAGAAGUCAGUGAAUUUACCCAGCACGAUAUAAACGAAGGGCGAAUUGUUUAUGAACAUACACAUCCAACCGUUGAGCUGAAAUCAAAUGAUUCAUUUUACUUUGAUGUGAAAUCAAAGUUUGCCAAUAGUUUGAUCGAUCAAAUAUUCAAUAUUGAGAUAUCGGUGUCAUCGGGUGGUUUGGUGCGAUUUUUACCGGUAAAUCGAUUGAAUUUAGAUGAAGGUGAAAAGGCACCGAUUAAAUUGGAUUUGUCAAAAGUUGUCGAGUAUUUAACGACUCGAGCGGGAAUUCCAUCGCCUGAAUUAUUCAUUGACAUCUAUCAACCGGCACACGGUAUAAUUGCGCCAAUUGAUGGUUCACGAAACUUAAGCCGAGUCUCUUUAGAUGAUUUUAUUUCCGAAAAAGUUUACUAUUUGCAUGACCAUUCCGAUACCAUCGAGGAUAAAAUUCGAUUGUCGGUGUAUUUACAACAAGGCAAUAUAUUCCUGUGCAAUCUAACGAUUCCUGUUGUCAUCAAUCCGAUCAACGAUCAUGAAUUUUAUUUGGUCACACAAUCACCGCAGAUGACAAUAAUCGAAGGAGAAAAUCGCACGAUAACGAAAAAGGAGCUAUUGACUGAAGACGCAGAUACGGGACCGGCUGACAUUAUUUAUGAUAUCAUAAGUGCACCCACCAUUGGAAUUUUGAUGAAAAUUUCAGACGAAGGAAUUGCACAAGACAUUAUGACUUAUGGCAAUCGAUUUUCACAGUUGGACAUUAAUGAAAAUCGAAUUCUGUACGUUCACAAUCAUUUGCCACAGCUGACGACAUUUUAUUUUCGAGUUUCUGACGGAAAAUUUGCACCAGCGUCGGAGAUUUUCAAUUUAAAAGUAAUACCGGUCACUGUUGGGCCAGGAAACGAAAAAGACCUGGUUUAUAUGCAACAGGGUGCAAAUACAACGCAUAUUCGUGAGACACAUUUUGCAGUUGAUACAAACGCCGAUCGCAAUCGACUGGUGUACAAUGUUACCGAUGCACCAAAAAAUGGUGUUUUGCUGUGCGAAAAUCGACAAACGAGCCGAUUUACAUACAAUCAAUUGGUCAACAAGAAAAUUGUUUACUUUCAAAGUGAUAUGUCAAAAUCGAGCGAUAAAUUCAUGGUAACAGUGUACGUUCCGGAUACGAGUCAAGGAAUACUCGAGAACGUCGAGGUGAAAAUAAUCGUCGAGCCUCUAAUCAAACUCAAUGGCAUAUCAAUUGCAUCAGAAGAUAAAAUCCGUUUAACAACAUCGUUCAUGGACGAGAAUCCCUAUCAAAUGAAAUUAAAUCGUUACAAUCCAAAAAUAGUGAUCACCCGAAAACCGGAUCAUGGAAAAAUAAAGAAGAUCAUUCGAAAUACAGGCGAUCUAGAGCAUUCAAAUGAUAAAGACAUAUCGUCAUUUACAUACAAAGAGCUGAAGAGUGGUGUUAUCUAUUUCAUUGCUCGCAAGCUACCCGAAGACGUCGUCUCAGUGAAUGAUUACUUUGAAUAUGCUCUGUAUGUGAAGCCAUAUCAGCCAGGCCAAUCGUUUGUUUCGAUUGAAAUACACAAACUGAAAUCACAACUAGUCGAUAGUAUUGAUAAGAAUGACAAUGUAAAUAUUGCAUACGAAGCAUCAUGGACGAUAAAUUACUUAUUUUUAAUCGCCACAUUGGCGGCAAUGUUUGUUCUAGUCUUAGUUUUGAUCGUCUUUUUGAGAUGCCAUUCGAAUUCAAAGGCAAACAAAAAUAACAUCGACAAAGACUAUCCGGCACUGCCACGUCCGCCCGAUUUCAUGAACAUCAAUAACAAUCGCAUGUAUUCACCAUCGGAUGGCGAAGACUCGGUGACAACAUCACUGCCUGUGCUUAGCAGUAUACCACAUUGCAAAGUGAUUCCGAUCAAUAAUGUCGACGAUUCAGAGUCCGACGAAAUGAUCGACCUGAAUAAUGUAAGUGCAUCACAACAGCUCCAUCAAUUGCCGUGCUAUUCACCGUACGGAGAUGAACAAGACGAAUGGAGUUCAUCGUGUGAUGUGGCCAACGAAGUCAAUUACUCAUCGAUAUUGCAACCCACAUUACAGCGACAACAACAUUCAAACCCGCUUUUACGUCGCAAUCAAUAUUGGGUGUGAGGGGUUUCGAUAUAUUUUGUAGCCAGUUUUACAAUGUUUUAAUUUAAAAUUUCAUAUUUUUUUUUACAAUUAAUAAGAUAAUUUAGUUAGGAAAAAAAUCUACUUAAAUCAUCUUUGCCAUUGAGUAGUAUUUUUUGUCGAAAAAAAUAAUAUUACGAUUUUUGAAUCGUCUUUCAUUUUAAAUUUAAUUCAGCGUGUGAAGACAAAUGGAAAAUAAAUUCAUAUUUAUUUAGAGCUAUACAGAUCAUAAUUGAAGCAUUAGGAUUAGAAAAACACAUUAAAAGUCAUUUAGUUUUGAAAAUGCGCAUUUUUUGUGCACGUAAAUAUGGAUUAAGUUCACUAGAUCUUAAAAUAUUAAAAAAAUAGUUGGUUUUCUCAUUAAAAUCGAAAUAAGUGCGUUUCUUUGUUAAAAUUGAAUAUACACCAAAUCAAAUUCUCCAACGUGUCAAAUUGUAGUUUGAAUUUGAAAACUCUCAUGUGUAAAUCGAAAAUUAAUUUAAUAAAAUUAAAGUGAACUUGAGUUAAAAUAAAGAGGCUUACGUACGCAAGCUGACUUUUCCGCAUGGAACCGAAAUUUUGGCAGAGUAUCAUUAUUUCCUGCUGCUCAGCAUAUAACUGAGAGCUGAGUAAUGCUGAACUCGUACGGCUAACGCAUACGAAACGGUUGCAUAUUCCCCUUUCGCUUCGUAUGUGCUGCCGUUGACGUGCGAUUUAAAUGAUUUUGUAUGCAACAACACAAAU